UGUUACGUUUGUUGAUCCCAAAUUUGCAUAAUAGACAAUUGGGUAUGUGAUAAAACAACAAAAGCAAUAUACUCAGCAAGGUGCGAACCGUUGGCUGGUGGUGCUUCGAGAACACCAAAGCCGGCAGCGGUGACGGCGACGGUGACGGCGAAGGCGAAGGCUAUUCAGUGCCAUUUCUUCUCUCACCUGAUCGAAACGCCUGUUUUAUAGUUCGAACCGAAUCCCUCUCUGCGCUAAUGUAUUUGUAGAGAUUGCUGCUUGAGUACUAAUUGGAGAUCUUCCUUAAUAAGUUUUUGGUGCAUCCACAAUCAACAUGUGUAGCACUGGGAAGAAAGCAACCUUUCAAGAACCUACAAAAUCUUUUUUAGAGACAGAAACAAGCUCUGAGCUAAUUGCAUCACUAAGGAUAAACAAAAGAAGCAAAAUAUUUUAUAGCAGGAAGGGUAGAGCAAAACCAAAAUCUCAUGUUCAAAAAGUAGAUUCAACACUGUCAAAGGGGUCAGUUGUUGAUUCUUCGAUCAAGGGGGGCGGGAAUGACUCUUCAAACAGAAAACUGAUCUGUAGAAAAAUUUUGCACAAAAAAGCUGAUGCAAAGUCUUCCAAGAAGCCUGCUUCCUCCAAUAUUCAGGGCGAAACUUCCCCAACUAUUAAUACUGAGGGAAGUGAUAAAAUAGCCAAUAGAGAUGUCAAAAUUGGAAAAGUAAAGAAGGGAAGGAAGAAGAUAAAGAAGAAACGAAUGGAGCAAGAUGACGCUCAACGGUUGCAGAGAAGAGCGAGGUACCUGAUGAUUAAAAUGAAGCUGGAGCAGAACCUCAUUGAUGCUUACUCAGGGGAAGGCUGGAAAGGCCAGAGCCGCGAGAAAAUCAAGCCAGAAAAGGAAUUACUACGAGCUAAGAAGCAGAUUUUGAAGUGUAAACUUGGCAUCCGUGAUACACUUCACCAGCUGGAUUCACUUAGUUCAAUAGGGUGCAUUGAAGAAUCUGUUAUAGCUCCCGAUGGGUCUGUCCACCAUGAACAUAUUUUCUGUGCAAUAUGCAAAUUACGUGAGGCCUUCCCAGACAAUGAUAUUGUGCUUUGUGAUGGGACGUGCAACUGUGCCUUCCAUCAAAAGUGCCUUGAUCCUCCAUUGCACACUGACAGUAUACCCCCAGAAGAUGAGGGAUGGUUUUGCAGAUUUUGUGAGUGUAAAAUGGCAAUAAUAGAUGCCAUGAAUGCCCAUCUUGGAACCGAUUUCUUUGUGGACAGCAAAUGGGAGGAUAUUUUUAAAGACGAGGCUGCUUUUCCUGAUGGUCGAAGUGCACUGUUAAAUUCAGAAGAAGAUUGGCCUUCAGAUGAUUCUGAAGAUGAAGAUUAUGAUCCAGAGAGGAGAGAGAAAAGCUAUAACAUGAAUGGGGCAGGCACUGACGACGAUGCAUCAGUUGAUACAAGUAGUUCUACCAGCUUGAGUUGGUCUUCACAAAACAAAACAUUUUCUGGAUCCAGACGGUGGGAGAUGGAUGGCGACAUGGACAGUACAUUCAUUUCUACUCACAGCAGUUUUUAUUCUGAUGACACUAGUGAGGGUGAAAUUAUAUGUGGCCGUCGGCGGCGAAAAGCAGUUGACUAUAAGAAGUUAUAUGAUGAAAUGUUCGGAAAGGAUGCUCAAGUGCAUGAGCAACUUAGUGAAGACGAAGACUGGGGUCCAGCGAAAAGAAAACGGAGAGAAAAGGAGUCAGAUGCCGCCUGCACCCUCAUUACUCUGUGUGAAAGUGAACAAAACUGCAGAAAUAUUGAGAACAUAGAUGUUAAAAGAAAACUUCCUCGAGACCUGCAAAAUAAGAGGUCGUUUUUCAGAAUUCCGCCGAAAGCAGUUGAGAAGCUUCGCCUUGUGUUUGCUGAGAAUGAACUGCCUUCUAGAACUGUCAAGGAGAACCUCGCAGAAGAAUUGAGUCUUGAACCCAUAAAGGUCAGCAAAUGGUUCAAGAAUGCACGUUACCUAGCUCUGAAGACCCGAAAGAUGGAGAAAGCGGAUCUAUUUCAUGGUUCUAGUCCCAAAAUCUCCAAGAUGUCGGCCUCAGAUACUCUGGUAUGUACUAAGGACUUGGAAAAGAACCACUUGAGAAGAAAACUGAAGUCCUUAAGAAGAAAUUUGAAGAUAAAUCAGCAAAUAAGAGCCUCUUUCGAGUCCCCUGUAAAUAGCAGCAAGCUCAUUACUGAGUACUGCGACGACGUGAGCUUGAAGAGGCUUUUGAAGCUGAGGAAAAGGAGGGAGAAGAAGGUCAACUUUGUUGCUGGAGGCGGAUUUGAGCUAGCCGAGGCAGAGAUGGAGAGGCUUUGUCUGGCCAAACGUAGGAUAGAGCGUAUGAAGCAGACGAUGUUGAGACUGCAGAAGUGCAAAGCAAAGAAGUCGAGCAAACGAGACAUUGAUGAAGAGUCUGUGAUUUAUGUUCCAAUAGCAGAGUUGAGGGAAAAAGAAUAAUCCUAUCCAAGCUAAUUAUUUUUUAGGCACAUCUGCUGUUUCGCAGUAGCUGCUUAUAUUGUACAUAUUUGUUUUUGAUAUCUGACUUUCCGCUAUGACUGGAAAGCCGCCGUUACUUGGCCAUGGCCAAACCGAAGGAAAAGAAAAAUAAAGGAAGGAAAAAAAAUUAUGUACUUAAUUUGGGUUUGGGAAGCCCUAUAUUUUAACUUUUCUUGUUGAGCAGAGACAUUUUUUAUCA